AGAGUCCACCAGUGAAGGACCUCCAUGUCCUCAUAAAGCAUUCAAAGUACCAUGUCUUCUCGAUCUAUAACUAUCGUGUCCUCGGGGCAGAGCACAGGACUUCACGACAAUGGUGGGAUACGGAUGCACAGCACUCGGUUCUCCUCACAGCCCAAACUUCCCCAGGAGGAGGACAGGGAGUCGGGCAUUGGCUCCAACCUUGACCUCCGCAGUUUUGAGGUCCAAAACCAUACAAAUGACGUCCCCAGCCAAAGUGCAUUCAGGGAGACGGAGCGACAUCCCACACAGAAAGUAAGCUGUCUGCAGCGCACCGAAGUGAGUCAGAGCAAGACCAGGCAGCUCCUCACCAGUCUAUCCAAGAUCCCGCUCCUCCUCAUCCUCUUCUUCCUCUUUGUUUGCUCCCUGGACACACUGAGCUCUGCCUUCCAGUUGGCAGGGGGUAAAGUGGCAGGGGACAUUUUCCAGGACAAUGCGGUGCUGUCUAACCCUGUGGCGGGGCUGGUGGUGGGGAUUUUGGUCACGGUGCUGGUCCAGAGCUCGUCCACCUCCACCUCCAUCGUUGUCAGUCUAGUGGCCUCCGGAUUGCUGGAGGUGAGGUCGGCUGUUCCAAUCAUCAUGGGAUCCAAUAUUGGGACUUCAGUCACAAACACCAUAGUGGCCAUGAUGCAAGCUGCAGAGAGGACCGAGUUUCAGCGCGCAUUUGCCGGGGCAACGAUCCACGACUGUUUCAACUGGCUGUCGGUGCUGGUUCUGCUGCCGCUGGAGGUGGCGAGCGGCGUCAUAGCCCGGCUGUCGCACCUGCUGGUCAGCAGCUUCAAGUUUCAGUCAGGGGAGGAAGCCCCCGAGAUGCUCAAGGUCAUCACCAAGCCAGUCACCAAGCUCAUCAUACAGCUGGACAACUGUGUGAUCACAGCGAUCGCCAUGGGGGAUGCGGACGCACGGAACAGGAGCCUGGUGAAAGAAUGGUGCCAGACUGACCUUGUUAUGUCCACUGGCAAUGAGAGCGCUGCAAACUGUGGCCCCAGUCAUAGCAUGUCCCAAUCUUCACUGAAGUGUCGGCAUUUGUUCGUCUCCAGCGGCCUGUCGGACCUCACGGUGGGCCUGAUUCUCUUGGCGGGCUCUCUGACUGUCCUCUGUACUUGUCUGCUGCUUCUGGUCAAACUGCUCAACUCUCUUCUGAAAGGCCAAGUCGCAAAGGUCAUCCAUAGAGUCGUCAACACAGACCUGCCGUAUCCGUGUGGGUGGCUGUCAGGAUACAUGGCCAUGUUUGUGGGUGCGGGGGUGACGUUUGUGGUCCAGAGUAGCUCUGUUUUCACUUCAGCAAUGACUCCACUAAUAGGUAUUGGUGUGAUCAGCCUGGAGCGGGCCUAUCCCCUCACCCUCGGGUCCAACAUGGGCACCACCGCCACAGCCCUGCUGGCCGCUCUGGCGAGUCCUGGGAACAAGCUGGCCGCCGCCAUGCAAAUUGCCCUGUGUCACCUCUUCUUCAACGUCUUUGGUAUUCUGCUGUGGUACCCCCUUCCCUUCACACGCCUGCCGAUAGCGAUGGCCCGUGUCCUGGGGGAGCGCACUGCCAAGUACCGCUGGUUCGCCGUCUUGUACCUUCUCCUUUGCUUCUUGCUCCUGCCGUCGCUGGUGCUCGGCCUCUCGCUGGCGGGCUGGCGAGUGAUGGCCGGCGUCGGGGCUCCUUUCCUGGGUGUCACCACCUUCAUCGUCAUGGUGAAUGUGAUGCAGGCCCACAGCCCUCGCCAUCUGCCCACCAAGCUCCGAAGCUGGGACUUCCUGCCCAAGUGGAUGCACUCUCUCAAACCGCUCGACCGGCUCAUCACCAAGGCAACCGUCUGCUGCUGCUCCGGACCCCAGGAUGCCAGGGGAGAAGACGAAGAAGACAGGCGCAUAUCAACAAAAGAGGACGUUCGGGAGUCCACCCAGAAAAUGGAGCGGCUGGCUUAUGACAACCCAGCUGUAGAGUACCUGGAUGAGAGCAGACCAGGUGUGAGGGUGCUGAGAUUGAAAGGGUUGGAGCGGUGUAACAGCACUCCACUGUAGUCACACCUACCGAAUUUAGUCAGGAGUUAGGGAAUGGAUGGGAUGCUAGACAAUGCCAUUUUAUGCCAUUUUAAUGCUGUGAUACAUACAUUUCUGAUUAGUAAUUGCUUUAUAAAUGGAAUACAGCCAACCAAAGCCAAGCUAAAUAUCAUGGGCUCAGUAUGACAUUUACAUCCAACUGAGAGAGCUUUGUUUGGGUUUUUAUGUCACCUGGUGACGAGCACGAUGAUGAACUUUAAAACUUCAUUAAUUAUGAACUACUUGUAAACAGAGCAG